UGCAAGUGAAGGAUUAAACCAACAUUUAUAUAAAUACAUAACGAACAGGAAAAGAGAGAAGACACAGAAACAAAACGAAAAUGAGUUUGAAAAGAAUAUCUUUGGUUAUAUAUACUCUCUUCAUCUUUCAUCUUCAUCACACUUUUCCUUCCGUUAGCUCGCUGCCUUCUUCAGUUGAUACGAACCACAACACUCUUCCUCUCAUCAAUGCCUCCCCAAAGCCAGAUGUUGUUAGCAUCGAAGGAAAGGCUCGGGAGCUGGCUGUCGUUAUCAAAAGAGGAGGCCGUGCUGGUGGCGGCGGUAGCGGAGGUAGAAGCCAUUCAAGGGGCGUGGGACGUGUAGUUCCAAUUCAUACUGCUGGCGCUGGUGCUGGUGGAACACAUAGUUCAAGCGGCAGCUUGAAACUUGCGGUCGGUUGGUUGGGUAUAUCGGUUUUAGCCGGUUUAUUAUUGGUUUAGACUUUAGACGGGAGUAUUUGUUCGCCGUUUAAAUAUGUGUGUAAGGUUUAUGUUUGGUUUGGUUUGAGAUUGAUUUGGGGGUAAACUGUUGAUAAGCGAUUCUAUUUGUAUUAGAGUGAUUCUUUCUGUUUAUUUAUAUAUUGUUUGGUAUGCCGUAUAUACAGUUUGUAAAGUGUCAACCAUCUCAAGGUAUAAGAGAUUUUCAAAGUUA